AUUUUUCAAUUGAGGUUACUCAUUAUUAUAUGACUAUCACAGUCACAAUUUCCAUGUAGAACAAUUUAAUUCUUUGAAUUUCAUUUCCGUUUCCUUAUUUUAUUUUAACCAUUAUAUUUACUAAACAUUCGAUCGAGUUGUAAAUGUCAGAAAUUUUUACACAAUUUUCAAAAAAUCCAGCUUCGGUGUUGAUUAAUUUUAUCGUUUUAUAUGCGUCACAUUCCAAUAAAACCGAUGACUACAUAAAUUCUCUGAAUACUACUGGCUUGAAAAACUUGGUACGAUCGAGGCGCUCGUUGUCCAACGUACAUAUAUACACGUUCGCGGUAAAAAGAUACGUACUGUGUGUGUCACUAACGAUAGUCAAGCAAAAUGGCAUCUUACUCGGAGGAUCAGUUAGCAGUUAUCAAGAAUUAGCUAACAGAAUGAUGUCAUCAAUUGAGGAAUUUCAAGAGGCAUUUCAACUGUUUGACAGUCGAGGAGAUGGAAAAAUUCACGUAGCCCAAAUUGGCGAUGCAUUGCGUGCUCUAGGACAAAAUCCAACUGAGUCAGAUGUUAAAAAAUUUACUCAUCAACACAAACUUGAUGAACGUAUUAGUUUUGAAGUGUUUCUACCAAUUUAUCAAGCUAUAAGCAAAGCUCGCACAUCUGAUACAGCUGACGAUUUUAUAGAAGGAUUACGUCACUUUGAUAAAGAUGGAAAUGGUUUCAUUUCUUCUGCUGAACUGAGACACCUUUUAACCACGCUAGGUGAAAAACUGAGUGAUGAAGAAGUUGAAACCCUAUUGGCUGGUCAUGAAGACUCGCAGGGUAACAUUAAUUAUGAAGAUUUUGUUCGACAAGUGAUGUGUGGUUAAAUUCCCAUCUUACUAGAUACAAGUAAUUAUCAAUCAAAGAAAUUUGUAUCUGCCAUAAAGUAUUUUUCAAGCAUUUAAUUCCUUUUAUUUACUUGUAUUGUAUUUUAUUAUUAUUGAAUACUACAUAAGAUUAUACAUAAUAGA